AUGAAAGAAGUAGGAUUUGUAGAAGUCAAUGCUAAAAAGUCAUGGCAUGAUGCGUCCUCUCAACGACCUGUUGGAGCUACUGCUGCUAGCACUGCCGCCAUGCAAAGCAUGUUACCCAAAGCCUUGGAGACCAGCCUUCGAUUGGAGGGCUCAAGCGUCGAUAGUGCAGCUUUUGACCAGGUAUUGGAGCACUUGAAGCUUGAAAGUCUGGUAUUGAAUGGGCAUAAUUUGAAGCUAUCUGCUACAAAUUCGUGGGACGAAAGGAUCAACUAA